GCGCCCGCUGAGGCGACGUGUCCCCGGCCCGGCCGAUGGCCGCCGCCCGCCGCGCCGCGCUCCGCGCCCGCGCUGACCGAUGUAUUUGAAGAGGCCGGCGGGCGGCCUCGCCUUCUGCCUCUUCUACCUGGCCUCCAGCUUCACCAACAAGUAUGUCCUGUCUGUCCUGCAAUUUACCUACCCUACCCUUUUUCAAGGGUGGCAAACAUUGGUGGGUGGCCUUCUGCUUCACAUCUCCUGGAAGCUGGGCUGGGUGGAGAUAAACUUGUGUUCAAGGUCUGAAAUCCUGUCAUGGCUUCCUGCCUCAGUACUUUUUGUGGGCAUUAUUUAUGCCGGCUCCAGGGCACUGUCUAGAUUGCCAAUCCCGGUGUUCCUCACUGUGCACAACGCAGCAGAAGUCAUAACCUGUGGGUUCCAGAAGUUUGUGCAGAAAGAGCAGACUUCUCAUCUGAAAGUCUGUAGUGUGCUGUUCCUCCUGGCAGCAGCAGUGUGCCUUCCUUUGUGUGACACAGAGUUUGAUCCAAAUGGAUAUUUAUGGGCUCUAAUUCACUUGAUCUGUGUUGGGGCUUACAAAGUAUUUCACAAGUUGUGGAAACCUGGAUCUUUAAGUGAUCUGGACCAACAGUACAUCAACUAUGUAUUCAGUGUAGUGCUGUUGGCCUCUGCAUCCCAUCCAGCAGGUGAUCUCUUCAGUGCCUUGGAUUUUCCAUUCCUGUACUUCUACAGGUUUCAUAGCAGCUGCUGUGCCAGUGGACUGUUGGGAUUCUUUCUGAUGUUGCACACAGUGAAGCUAAAAAGCAGCACAACCUCGGGGCAAUAUGCAGCCUGGAGUUUCCUUGCAAAGGUCAUCACUGCUAGCUUAUCACCGUUCUUCUUUGUCAUGACUGCCAAUGUACUAACAAUUUCUUGGCCACGCCACUGCCCUUGAGCUUCCUGUGUGUCCCACACGGAGCUGCCAUGUGAAGAAAAACACGUGACUGUCUGUCCAGGACAAUUCUGGUAUUGUCUGUGUCAGGACUCUGAUCAAUACUGAUGCUCCAAAAUUUUAUGAAGGGUUUGCAAAUAUUUCUCUAAAAGGAGCACAGCUUUUCUCCAUCCAAACAUGCUUUCAUAUACACAAUAUUAUUCCCUAUCAGGCAGGCACUCUGUACUCCCAGAGCUGUCAGACACAUGAACAAGGCACUGGGAACUACUAAACUGUCUCUCUCAUAGUCUGAUCUCCAAUGUUUUUAACUUCUGUCAUCCAGAACCGUCUGUCUUGUUUCUCACAGCUUAUUUGCAGGGAACACAUUUCAAUUCAGCAUUCAGCAAUACUCCUUUGUGGGCUCUGUUACGUUCUCUGUACAGAUCUGUGUAUGUAUAUUUUACUUUGGUGAUGGAAGCUGCACAAGACAAAUGAAAACCUUGAUAUAUGGUAGCUGACAGAUGCCUGGACAGAGUGAUAAAUGCUUCAGCCCAAGUCUCUACUCUGCACACUUUUUGCUUGGCUGGCAGUUUUGAACUUGGAGCUCAGCUCGUGUGUUAUUCACAAGCGUUUUCAGGCAGCUGCUUUCUCAUAGGAAAGCUGUAUAUAUAGUUUCAUAAAUAUGGGAGGAGAGAGAAUGCCUGAAAUGGUUGGUAAGACUGGCAGCAUGAAAUAUUGUAGAAAAUAAAUCCUGCUUUGGCAUGCAACCAGUAAAAGAUGAUCUAGCCUUGGAUGCCUCUAUCUCUUAGCUUAAGAGGGAUAAAAUCAGAAUAAAAUAGGUGAAUAAAAUGAAAGAUGUAUGAUAAGCUCUCUUAUCUGCUGUUACUGUGUAUCCCUGAUAAAUCUGCUUCACAGAAAGCAGACGGAAGACAGACACCUGAAACAGACUUUUGGUAGGUCACUGAUAAGGUCUCAGCCACACAAGAAGUGAAGUCAAUAACUCUGCACUCUCUGACUACUUUAAUGCAUCCCACAGGUGACCAGCUAUGUACCUAUCAACUGCCAGUAACCUAAUUCAUACACUUAUGGCUUACGAUGCAUAUAUAUGAGAAACCCUGACAGACAAGAGACUUUAAACUGUGAUGGAAAAUGUGAGUGAUUCCGAAUUAUAAUUAAAAUUCUAAAAAAGGCAGCUAGACUAAAAUAA